UCCAUAAAUCAUCGGUACACUAGCAUCUUCUUCUCCGUCGCCAACGUACAUCCCCUACACUAAGGCUCGCAACCGCAUGUACCCAUGGAGCCUCGCACUGGUGGCGCUCGUUCUGGCCACGUCGUGGAUGUGCUCACUUCAACCAUGCUCCGCUGACACGAUGGUGCCUCAGCCGACCACGGCAGCGGCAAGCGCAGACAAGGUACCCGUCCGACCUGCGGCAAGUGUGCCGCUUGCUUCACCGGCUCCCACACCCGCAGCCACACCGGCGACGCCAGCGAUGGCCACUGCGUCGAAGAAAAUCCCGCUGCCCGUCCCGGUACCCGAGACACUUCCCGGCGCGGAAGGCCUCGGCUUCGGCGGUGGAUACGGCGGGCAGACGGUGCCCGGCGGCGGCCUCGGUGGGUUCAACGGAGACCAGGGCUUCUUCGGCGGAUGCUGCGGAGGCUUCGGGUACAACGGCGGUCCUGGGUAUAAUAACGGGCCGUUGUUCUUCAACUCGGCGCCCGCAACAAGAUUGAGGCUGAGGAUGGUGGCGACGGGAAACGGCUUCGCGCCUCUGCUGGUGGCUGGUGCUGCAGCCAUGUUUUACGCGUGAUUUGUAUUCUAUUUUACUUUAUCUUCUUAUUUUUUUGCUGCAGAGAGAAGACAUAUAUGUUUGCAUCAUCAAUUAAUACAGUUUGGCUAAAGCACAUCUAGAUGUGCCAUAAGUAUUGCA